AUGGCUUUCUCGAUGAGGACGGCAAAGGCUCUGACUGUGGUACUUUUGGUCGCAUUGCUCGAUAUUGUUUGUGCUAUACCGACACCAAACUAUCCGAUCAAUUCCCAAUUACCGCCUGUCGCUCGUGUCUCUCUUCCUUUCAACUUCACCUUCUCAAGCGGCACCUUCACCAAUGGCGGAACUGGUUUGCAAUAUUCUCUGUCAAACGCUCCAUCAUGGUUGAAAGUCGACUCAACCAGUCAGACUCUUUAUGGAACUCCCGGCCCGGGUGACGCCGGUGCGCCCCAGUUUCAUCUUGUCGCUACUGAUCAGUCGGGGUCAGGAUCAAUGAGCGUAACGCUCGUUGUUUCCAGUGAUUUGGGCCCGCAGCCUGGAAAACUUCUGCUGCCCCAGCUAGCAAAGAGUGGCCCAACAUCUGGUCCAGCAACUGUAUUUAUGCAUCCCGGACGAGCAUUCACCAUAGCCUUCGACCCCAAAGAGGUAUUCGCCAAUACUCAAGCAAACACUGUCUACUAUGCAACAUCUUCACCAUACAAUGCUCCUUUACCGUCGUGGAUGCAUUUUGAUCCCUCGAGUCUCAGAUUCACUGGUAAUAGUCCGUCGAAUCCAUCGUCAGUCCCUCAAUCAUUCAACUUCAAUCUCAUAGCGUCUGAUGCUGCCGGAUUCAGUGCGGCCAUGGUGACAUUUGAGAUUGUUGUCAGCCAGCAUAUAUUGUCAUUCAAAGAAUCUGCUCAAACACUCAAUUUCACCCGCGGCCAGCCAUUUAGCACACCUCAUUUCAUUGACAAUCUCACGCUUGACAAUCACAGUGUAACUGCAAAUAAUCUGUCCCAUUUCAGCCUCGAUGGCCCAUCUUGGCUCAAACUUGACAACGAUACCCUCUCUCUUAGCGGAACAGCGUCCAAAGAUGCCGACAAUCAGAACAUCACGAUCACCGUGGGCGACAUCUAUGAUGACAAUGCCAAACUAGAGCUUUAUCUUCGAGUCUCGCAGCUCUUUGCGAAAGGGGUAGAAAGCUGCAAUGCCACGAUUGGCGACAAUUUUUCUUACACUUUUGACAAGUCUUUAUUGAGCGAUGAUACGGUCCAACUGCAGGUUGAUCUAGGUGCAGCAUCCUCCUGGUCCCGUUACGACACGGCUACUGAGACGAUCUCUGGAGAUGUCCCGGAUGACAUGACACCACAGACCUUCCCAAUCAAAUUGACGGCCACUCAAGGGUCAGUCACAGAGACGCGAAAUCUAAACCUUAGUGUUUUCAAAUCGGGAAAAGCAGGCGUUAUCAGCGAUAACCAGACCUCUUCGGGUACAAAUUAUGGAACGAACCAGCGCAAAGCCGGCAUCGUUGCUGCUGCCGUGCUAGUGCCUUUGGCGAUCGUUGCUGCUGCCGGUGUCCUGAUCUUUGUAUUCUGCCGUCGACGACGAUCCAAUGCUACCAAUACAAAGCAAAAAGACGAAGAAAACCCGGCCGAAGACAGACAUUUAGGGUCGACCCCAGUCACACAUCCGGAGAAGAAUAUUGCGGAACCUGAGGUUGAAGAGAUGUCGCGAAGUUUCUCAAAUUCGUCAGGAUCAUCAAAUUACUCGGCUCCUCCUCAGCUAGAACUAGAUCCGUUAUGGGAGACUGCUUCUCUUGAACACGAACAACAACAACAAAGACAUACCCAAUCGCCCAGUAUGCAUGUCCAACCUCAGAAGUUUGUAAUUAACCAGGGUAAUGCCAGCAUACGCACGGAGAAAACCCGAGCGUCGCCGAACGUAUCUCCCACAAGAAGCACAAGCGCGUCUCAAACAUCUCCAUUUGCUCGCCGCGGUAGCCGAAGGUACUCGAAACGAGAACCUCUCAAACCAAUUCAAGCUCGUUCUCUCAAAAGAGACUCCCUCAAGUCAUCCAAAUCCAAGCGCUACUCUAGACGUUCGAGCGGAUUAUCGGUAGCAGCAGGACUUCCAGUCAGACUUAGCGGAGCAGGUCAUGGUGCUGGAGGAUUUGGUCCAAUGCGGACAGACAUGGUUGGGGCAUCCUGGUAUACUACACAGAUAUCGCUACAAAGCGAUGACACCAGCAUAGAGAAUCUAGCGACUAUGUUCCCACGCCCGCCUCACGUACGAAACAGGGACGGCAGCAUGUCAACGCGACAUCGUGACUACCAAAAGCGAGCCAGUAUGAGAUACAAUCGACCGUUAUCUGCUGAGCCUCCAGAGCCGGACUCUCUUGAAGCAUUCAUUCAAAGCCGGGCGCGAAGUCGCAAUUCAGGCAAUCCCCUCUUUUCAUCCAGGAUGAAUAGUUCAGGAUCUACGGGAUAUCGUGCGUUGGAUAAAGCUCGUCGCAGCUCCGUUGCCGAAACCACAGUUUCUGCAUCUACAUUUGCUGAUUACCAACAACUACAACAACCACCUCAUGUGCGCCCUGUAUCCACGAUAUCAGUAUCCGUGUAUGGUGACGAUAACCGAAAUUCGGUAAUACAAGCACGGCCAAUGUCACAAAUAUCUGAGGUGGGAGCUUUCCCUGCCAACAGAAACCGGGCCAGUCAAGGCUUAGUCCAGCGUUAUACAGAGGCCAUCGCUGAACUGCCGCGAUUUUGGAGUCGGGCUAGUAUGGGUAGUCAGCCACCGUUUGAGUCGCCAGGAGAGUCUCUGACAGGAUCAGAUGACUAUUAUGAUUUGAUCGAUGAGCGUGAGGAUCCUGAAGGCGGCCGCCAGUGGUACCCCUUGAACACACAAAGGCAACAACAUUCUAGUGCCGAGGAAGUCGCCAAGGUAGUGGAUUCUACCAGGCAGAGUGGGGAGCUUUCUCCAAAGUCCGAUGCAAGUGGUAGUCGAGUACGCCGCAUGAGUUUGCUUCGGACAGGGGGCCAAGAUAGCAGUCCUACUGCCAUUCGACAUUGGAGACUCGCGAACACACAAGAACGACGACCCAGCAUUGAGGCUAGUGACAGCCUUCAGCCGACGACAAAUAGUAGUUUCCGGGGUGAUCUAGCAUUUGUAUAG